AAAACCCUAGCUCAGAGAAGUUCAAAGUCAGUGUUGUACAAACAGAGUCUUGGCAAAGUAAGAAAGAAGAAAACGUAUCCCCCAUAAAAAUGGCUUUUCAAAAGUUGCCUUUAAGUUAUUCUGUAAAUGUUGUGAUUUUCGUGGUUUGCCUUAUUGCAUUCAAAGCCUGUAUGACAUCGGCUGGUCUAGGAAAGAAAAUUGCACCAAUCCUUACCACGGCAAAAGAAAUCAACAGCGUGUUAUCGUCAUACAUUGAGAAAAAAAAGACGCUGGUAUUAUUGUUAGAUUUUGAUGGGACAUUAUCUAAUAUCGUUCCCGUUCCGGCGGAUGCAAAAAUUGUUCCUGAAUCAAAAGUUGCUCUAACCAAAUUAGCAAAGAACAAGAAAGUCUGCGUAGGAAUUAUAUCUGGUCGCCUGAUGCAGGAGGUUCGCGAUAGGGUUCAAAUACCAAAUAUCAUUUACACUGGCAAUCAUGGCCUUGAAAUUGAAUACCCCAUGCGAGAACCCUUUGCGUAUCAAAUGGAACCAGAAAUUCAGGCGAAAUACGACGAAUUGGUUGCAUAUCUAAACACAAGUUUGGCAGAUGGCCGAGCUUUUGUCGAAGAUAAAAAAUACAGCCUCACCUUUCAUUAUCGUAACGUGAAGAAAGGUGAGUACGAAUUCUUUAAAAAUAAAGCGAAAAGAGCAAUUGAAAGUUAUGGAUUCAAGGCGGAAGAUGCCCUUUUGGCCGUAGAAGGCAAACCACCAAUUGAUUGGAACAAAGAUAAAACUGUGCUACACAUUUUGGAGCAAGAAUUCAGUUCGGAUUGGAGAACAAAAGUGAACGUUAUUUAUGCUGGGGAUGAUAAAGCUGAUGAACUUGUCAUGAAAGUUUUAAAAGGAUAUGGAAGAACAUUCCGUGUAUCACAAGAUCCAAUUGAAACUUACGGUGACUUUCGUGUUCCUAACCCACAAACCGUAACAAUGAUUCUCGAAGCACUUUUGAAGAUUAAGAAAUAACCAAGUAUAGCACAUAAAGUGGUUUAACUCUAAUGGUCAUGUCACAAUAAUGUUACCAAAAACAGAGAAACACUAUUAUUCUGAAACAUAUUUGUAUCAUUUUUAAUCCAAAUGUAGUUUAUUUUUCGUUUUUGUUAAGCUUGUAUAAACUGCAAUGUAUAAAUGUAUAACAACAACAUAAUGUUAUAUCAACAUUGAACUUUUGUUCAGAUAUUCAUUAAGCGCCUUUAUCCUUUGUAUAAAUUAACAAUACAUAUCGAAAAUCAUAAAUAAAAUCUUCAAGGAAACCAUAAAAA